AGCUGUGAAGUGAGCAGAGAGGAAAGGGUCAAGUGAGGCGAAGACGAAGCAGACAAAGCUACAGACAGACAAGUCAAGAUGCCUCCAGUUAUGCCGUCGGGUGGUGGCCAGAUGAAGGCGCCAUCAACAUUUGACAAGAUGAAAAUGGGUGCUAUGAUGGGCGGAUCUGUUGGCCUGAUCAUGGGCUUCAUCAUUGGAACCGUCUCGAUCUUCCAGUACGGCGCCGGUCCAAACGGUAUAAUGCGCACGCUAGGCAAAUACAUGGCUGGCUCGGGAGCUACAUUUGGCUUUUUUAUGUCGAUUGGCAGUGUUAUAAGGACAGAAGGCCACCCGAGCGCCUACCAGAUGUGGUCUGUCGCCCAUAGACGGCCGAUGCUUAUCCCCGGCCAGUUCCAGCACCGCCAACAGGCCCGGAGAGACUAAGACGCACUGAAACUGUGUAUUAUCUUGUUUUGAUCACACCGUUCCAUCUCACUUGGAGCGAAAUCUGUACAACAGCAUGGAGAGGGUUGAAUAGCGAUAUAUGACAUUUAAUGAAACGGCGUCUUGUCUUCCGUCUCUCUCUCUUGGAUACCAAUUUGUAUGGGCUAUGGCUUUGUUUCAUGGCUGAUGGUUUGUCUCUUGGCAUUUGGUAGCAGACUUCAUACAGGCCACUUGAGUUGCAGUUCAAGCUAGGAUACCAGUUUAUGUGCUGCUUGUGAUUAUCUUCGAGAUAAUCUCUAGUUGAAUGGAUCAUCCGGUCAUGGAGCCUUGAGGUGAAUUCAUGCCACUGGCAGGCAAAGCAAAGACCAGAGAUAUGUAAGCAGGUCAGCAGAAAGCCAUCACAAGUGUGACUUACAGUUCGUAUACUGAUACUCUAACCUUCAAAGGCGAUCAUUUACCAUUCUCAGACCGUGACCCACGGAAUUUGAUCAGGAUAUCAAUCAUCAGCUAACCAAGUUACGCGUGAAGUCAAAUUAAGGUCGAUUUUUGGUAGUUUGGUCGAUUUAUGCUCAGCUAUCCGCAGCAUCAACUGCCACUAUCUCCCUUCGCUUCUCGACACCAGCUACCUUCUGUAGAAUAUCUCAGCUUGAACGUUUCCAGCAUAAUACCCAGCCCAAAUGCCAGCAUUUAUUGUGGUUAGCUUAAUACGAACAUCAUGCGCUCUAGAAGCUAUCAGCUGACAACCUUGAAAUAUCUCAAGGACAAUACCAAAUCAGUCAAGGAGAGAUCCCUUUGACUACACCUAGCUAGGCCUCGGAGACUAGCUUUGCAUACGUCACCGAAAAAGAUAUCGCUGUUAGGUAGAAACCAUACGAUCCAGGAGCUCCAAUGGCCGAGUGCUUUGAUAUGGAAAAAUUAUAUUCACACUUAUGGGCUGGUCCAGGCCUUCGGGCCUAUUGUCAGCAAUAAUCUUACCCGAACUACUAAGAUCGGAUCUACAGUAAUCAGUUCUUCCUGGCAACCGGAGAACUGCAACACUUUGAUUUACUCCGCUGAAUGAUCAAGACCUUCCUAUUGAUGAUUAACUAGAUAAUCGCGUAGCUGGAAAUUAGUCAAUGCCGCAGUGAUUGGUAUGGGCAAGACAGUAACUAGAACAAACAAAGAUAUGAACUGCUAACCCACACACUUCCCAGGCAGAUGAUACAUCGCUGCUAGAUUUUUCUAGCCACCAUACCCCCCUAGAAACUCAGGUGCAUAACUAACCAACAAUACGGCAUACGAUGGGCUCGUCACAAUACCAUUUGUUGGAAAGUCAAAUUACCUUCCGGCGGCCCCGGAACAGGUAAUAUACAUAGACGAUACCUCCGUUACACUUUUUUAAUUUCCUUUGAAUUUGAUCCUUGCCUGAAUCAUGCAUACAUAUGCACAAAUGAAUACCUUGUCCUCUUCAAUUAUCUUUCUCUCUGCUUGCUCUUUCGUGAACCAUAUGCUAUUUCCGCUUAUGAUUCCACACUCAUGGAAAUCACCCUUGUAAAGUGUCCCUUGGUUUCUUUAACACUCUCGAUAUAAUUAUUCUGUGCGCAAGCUCCAGAACUUUACUGGAAUCGAUGUGUUAUCCUGAUUGGAAAUCGCAGGCCAUCAAGGAGCUAGUAAUACCCACCAAUGGAGAUGAAGAAAAGCGGGCCAUUCCAGAGAUCUGACCUUUACGCCACAUGGCUGCUCUAGCUGGCAGGCGACUAUAUCCGCACGGC